AUGGCCCCCAAAAGGAAAGCUACUAGAGCCUUAGAGUCAUCAAAGUCAAAAAAGUCAUCACCAACCACAACAAAAGAUGUACAAAAAUUAGGUAAUGAAAUACAGACAGAAUCAAAAUAUAAUAACUUUGUGAUCUUGAUCAAUCAAUUAAGAGAUAUAAAAGUUAAACUUAUAACUGAAGAAGACUCCGAAUUAGAAUCAUUAGGUAGACAAAUUUUGGUCGUCGUAAUGCAAAAUUUCAAAACAUUAUUUGAAGAUGGGAAAUUGACCAAAACUAAAAAUCAAGAUGAUCAUACAAGAUUAGUUGUGAAUUGGGUAUUGGAGAAAUACGAUAAUUCCAAGACUAUACUUAUGGACAUACUUAAGACUAAGUUAAGUUUUGAUUCAUCGUUACAAUUGGAUGUAUUAGACAUACUAUUUGAUUUAUUAAAAAUAGGUUCAGAAUAUAACAAAUCGGAAAAAUUUCCAACUAAAACCUACCAAUCAAUAAUCGAAUCAUUAUUAAAUAGUUCAAAUGGAGAAAUUUUAUCAGAUGGGUCAUCAAAUAAUUUUAUUUUGUUGGAAUUCAUCGAUAGUUUUUUCAAUAAGUAUUGGGAUUUGCAAUUUUACUUCUUCAAUAACUUAUCAUCUAUACUAGAAAACUGGAAAAAUGAUUUAUCUGAGUUUAAAUUACAAAAAGUAUUUGCAAAUUUUUUAACAAUAAUACGAAAAGAAUCAUUAUUUAAUUCAAACGAAGAAGAAUUGAAAUCGAUACCUACAUGGUUACCAAAAUCAAAUUUAUCAUCAUCAAUAUAUAAGAUCAACCUUUUCAAAUCACAAUUUCAAAAAACAGUAAUAACUAUAUUAUCAUUUCCUUUGACAAUACCACAAUAUAAAUCAAUUUUAUUAAUUUUACAAAAAAGAAUUAUACCAUAUAUGUCACAACCUCAAGGUCUUAUGGAUUUCUUAACAGACUUAUACAAUUUAGAAGAUACAACUACCACAUUGGAGGAAAGUAUAUCAGAAGAUUCAGAUAACUUAAUAAUCCCAAUAUUAACAUUAAAUUCAUUAUACGAGCUCAUAAAAAAUUAUAAUUUAGAAUAUCCAGAUUUUUAUACAAAAUUGUAUUCCUUAUUGAAUUCCAAUCUAUUUUAUACAAAAUAUAGAUCAAGAUUUAUUGGAUUAGUUGAUUUAUUUUUAUCAUCAACUCAUUUAUCUUCGAAUUUAGUUGCUUCAUUCAUAAAGAAACUAGCAAGAUUAUCAUUAACUGCAAGUGCUUCUGGUGUUGUUAUAAUUAUUCCUUUCAUAUAUAACCUAUUAAAAAGACAUCCAACAUGUAUGAUCAUGAUACAUAACACAAAUGAAAAUGAUACUAAAGAAGAAAUUUUGAACGAUCCAUUUAAUAAUCAAGAAAAAAACCCAAUGAAUACAAAAGCAAUAAAUUCAUCAUUAUGGGAAUUAGAAAUAUUAAUGAAUCAUUAUCAUCCAAAUAUUGCAACAUUGGCUAAAAUUUUUAAAGAGCCUUUUAAAAAGCCAAAUUAUAAUUUGGAGGAUUUUUUGGAUUGGAGUUAUUUAAAAUUAUUGGAAACUGAACAGUCAAGAAAAUUUAAAUUACAAACUACUGCUUUAGAAUUUGAAGAAUUUAGUAAUAUUUUAAAUGAUAAAGAUAAUAUUUUCAAAAAUAAUGAAGUUAAUGAAAAUAUAUUAUUAGAAGGUUGGAGUUUAUAG